AUGGCUGCUUCUGCUACUCUUCUUGGCCCGGAGACCCCAGAGGAGGUCGCAGCGAAGCUUGAUUUCCGCGCGAAUAUCUGGUCCGUCUUCCAGGAGCUCUACGAGGAUAAGUGGGACCAAGCACGCUGGACCGCCGCAGUCGACCGAUUCAGGGCGGCCCAUGAUCCCGCGACUGUCCAACAAUUCUGGACUAGGGCGAAGCUCCCUACAUGGGACGCACUAGAGGCGCAGUUCAGGAAAGGCCCGCCUCCUUUUUUGCGCCCAGGAUGGACGAGCCCCCUUCUCGGGAAAAAGGUUGACCUCCGGUGGAUUGACGCGGGUCCCUUCGAGCACGUCAAAGGCACCUUGGACGGUUGGCGGGACGCUAAAUUGCUCGUGAUUGAGCUGUGGGCAUCGUGCGUAACCUCCCUCUCCCCUGGUGUAGGGUACGUGCGAGAAGGGGAACAAACGCGGCUUAAUUGCCAUGGACUGACGGGCCGCGCUUUCCCACCCUCCCAGCCAUGCCUCGCCGUCUUCCGGGACCUGUCGACGCUAGCGCAGACGCGCCCAGAGAUCAAGGUCAUCACCUUCAAUUCUGAGGGCAUCUUCACGAACGCUCCCAUCGACGUUGCCGCCGUAAAGGCCUUCGUCGCCUCGCGCGACGACAUGAAGUAUCCGAUAUUCAUCGAUACGCAUCGGGUGGCCGUCAACUCGAUCUUCCAACCCGGUCAAAACCUGUCCAUCCCAUUAGCGUUUGUCAUCACUCCAAAAGACGGCGUUGUCCGUUGGAUCGGGAAUCCCGAGGAAAUGGCGGCGCCCCUCGAGAACGCGCUCAGGGCUGCAUAG